UUAUCGACGUCGUUUCAUCAUCGUAGUCAUAAUCGUUAUCGUGUCAAUGUCGUAGUUCAUCCGGGAAAAAUAUUGAGGGAAGAAUUAUUAGUUCCUUUCAAUAUCAGCUCCCAAGAAUUAGCCCAAGUUUAA